AUAUUAAGAUUUCCUAAGGAACGACCACACGCAGUAAAAUUCCUGUUGUUUCAGGCGUCUGUAGGCUAUGGUAACGCCCUGCCAACGAACAUCCGUUAUGCUUGUUUGUCACCACUAAUAAUCUAACGUAUGUCACAUAGUUAUUGAUUAUUGGUAGUUAUGUAAAAUUAGGCUAGUCAUUCUAACAUACUUACCUACGUCUAUUACAUAUGCAGCAAUACAAUGUUGUGAUAGGUAAUUGUGAUGUAAACGAGUUUAUUGCUAACAAGAUACAACUUGUUCAUACACGAUUAUAAGUAGGUUUCUUUCAAGCUAUUACAAAUAUUAUAACCCCUUACGAACGCUGUAAUUGUAGUGGAUGUCAGUAAUAGCUAAGUGGUUUCAAUGCUAGCAAUAUAGCUAUUAUAUCACGUCGAAGUCCGGAGUCCGGAGCUAUUGCAGUUAAUUCCUAAUAAAUACCACGAUUCGUAUACCAUUAGUCCAGGUGGGCGCGCCUAUUCAUCAUUAUCCAUACAAAAAUUGGUUUAUAACGCAUCUUUUUUCAACGUUUAGCGUAAGUAUUUAUCUGUGGCCUCAUGAACUAUUGGAUGGUUUAAAUUACUUAAGCAACAGCGUCGGGAUUCCACUCUGGUCUCAUGAUGAAUCGUAGUAAAUAUAGAUUAUGAAAUGAACCCGAUUAUUUUGAAUGUACAACUGCCUAUAAGGAUUGUGUUUAUCAGUACACUCAAACCUACGCCCUUUUUUAUGUUAUUACAUAAAAUAAAUAACCAAAUAGGCCGUGAACAGAAACUUAAGAUGAAUGAAUGGUAACGGAUAGUGUUCAACUUUUGACUGCAGCCGCUGCUAACAGAGCGACAGCUAAUAAAAUUGAAGAAAGUAAACGGCCGGCCUGUACCCCGUCUCUUCUAGUGAAGAGAAUGCGCCAUAUAUAAGCAAGUCAAAACACUUGUCGUUCGAUAGUUUUUUCAGUGCCUUGUAGACGUACAGUCACGCGCGACAUAAUGGAAAUACCGAUAUUGUUAAUAUUAUUAUGCUGUGUGUAUAAAAGUUAUGCAUCCCACCAUUCACAUACUAUACCAGUAGAAGGAUACGAAACUGAGUUACAAAAUCUGGGUCAACACGUAGAAAUACCGGAAACACCAGUGAAGGUGAUAAAAAUAACCAAAACUAUCGCAGUUAAAAUUCCAGUGCCAUACCCAGUAAAAGUAAGAGAAAAAGUACCAUAUCCUGUACCAGUCGCAAAACCAUACCCGGUUCCAGUUCCACAAAUUAUCAAAGUGCCACACAUUGUGUCCACUAAAUCUGACGAGCAUGGCUCCAGUGAUGGCGGUUACGGCGGCCUACAAGGUUCACAUCAAUUAAGUGGUCAAUCGAGCCCGUACCACGUGCAGGAACUAUCAGCACACGACUCUUCGUCCGGCGGACACUCUUAUGGUCCAGAGAGUCAAUCUUUUAGUGGAUAUAAUUCAGGACAUGGACAAAAUUUAGGUCAAGACUAUUCAUCUGACGGAUCUUCUGGUGGUUCGUAUGAAGAACCUGCAAGUUAUUAUGGUAAUUCUGGUAAUGGAAAUGACUUCGAAUCGAAAAGUUACGAUACGGCGAUUAAAGAUUACUUCAAUAAAAACCAAUUAAGCAGUAGUCAUAAUGAAGGAUCAAAUGAUCACAGUUACCAUUAAAUUUUUAUGUAUGCCAAGUGUGAUUGUUUUAUACCUAUUUAUGUAUGUAUCUGAUGUAUGAAACACUUUAAUGUACUGUUAUUGUACUAUGUAUUAAUUAUUAUGUUUUAUGUUAAUUUGUUACAUUUUUGUUACUAGAUGUGUAGG